UACUGAGCUACAGGAUGACCCGUUGGGCCCUACUUGCUCCCCUCCUGCUGGGCCUGUUCAUGCACAGUGCUGUCACUCAGGAGGACCCAGCACCACCACCACCACCACCACCGGGCCAGGCUUCUGAUGGCACACAGGCGGAGGAUGAGAACGGGGACUGGGGACUGAACUCCCUCAGAGGCAGCUUUGAGUCAGUUGGCGGCUACUUUGACUCAAUGCUGGAGUUCAUGGGUGGACGUGACGGAGUGUGCCAAUACCGCUGUCGAUACGGUAAAGCUCCUCUUCCUCGUCCUGGCUACCAAAUGCCAGAACCUGAUGGAUGCACCUCCUACUUCUUUGGUCUUCCUGUUCCUGAGGGGAUGGACAUCGGCAUCCCUGCCAUGACCAAGUGUUGCAAUCAGCUGGAUAUGUGUUACGACACCUGCGGCUCCAACAAGUACCGCUGCGACUCCAAGUUCCGCUGGUGCCUCCACAGCAUCUGCUCCGACCUCAAGAAGAGCCUGGGCUUUGUGUCAAAAGUUGAAGCUUGUGAAACGGUAGCAGACACCUUGUUCAACACAGUGUGGACUCUGGGCUGCAGACCCUACAUGAACAGCCAGAGAGCAGCAUGCUACUGUCAGGGAGAGGAGAAAGAUGAACUGUAGAUUAAACAAAGUCUCCUAUUUAUAACAGUAUCAACUAGAGCAACGUGUGGGUGAUGACGACGAUGAUGGUGCUCUGAUUUACGGUAUUGUAAAGUCUGCUGUGUGACUACUUGAGUAAUUUAUUUGGAAGUUCUUCUGGUUUUGUUCAUUUUAGCCUGCAACAAAAUUUGGAUGUUAAAUUCACUGCACACUGUAUUGCAAGCCAAAACUAUUUGUAUUUGUUUGUUUGUGCAUCAGUGAUUCCUGUGUUGGUAUUAGCAUCAAUACACUUGACAUGUGAUUUUAAAAAAGGAAAAAAAAAACAAACAUCUGUGGCUGAACUUCACUAUACAAUGCACAGACAGCCUCUUGUGUUUCAUGCUUUGAGUGUGUUAACAUGUCAUACUUAGGGUAGUCCACCGUACGAAUACAUGUUAAGAGUACUUGAUACAGAUAUCACUUUCAAAACAUGAGGCAAAUUUGUGAUACCUUUCUUUUGGUUUGAGUUCAGUUGAUUUAAUCAGCAGCUAUUGAACAGUUCGUAAGGCUUCGAAAUAAUAAAAAUGUGUUUGUGUCCAGACCUGAGUUACAAAGACUAUUCAGGUUCAGUUCUUUAAGCUCAAUGCUGGAGGCUGACAGGUGUAGACAGCAAAAGCUUGCAGUGUUAACCUGGUCAGAGCUGCUUUACACUUUGUGCUCCCAUGACACUGUCAGACUCAAACACAGGUAUUCUGCUAUGACCUAAAGAGUCACACAAGCGGCAAUUCUGACCUGUUGGCCCUACGAGAUCAAAAGUCAGGGCCCCAACAAAAGUCAUCAGGAGUCAUCAUCUAACGUGUGAUUACUUGUGAAUGUAAAACGUACAGUAUUUAAUGACAUCAGUUCAAGCUAGCCUUUGUGCUCAAGAAGAAAACAUUCACAUCUUUUCAAACACUUGUGUCAGUGUGAACCGUUAGUGGGUGAAAUAAAAGGACCUGACUAUUUU